GCGAAGAGGGACAAGCUUGAGCUGGGAAGGUGGAGCAAGGGGACCGUGAGCGCGGUCCAGCUCAUCCUUCUCAAGCCAGCCAAGUUUGGCUCUCUCUGGCAAGUCACAGGCAUGGCUGAUCCCUGGGGAAUGAGCUUCUUCCCCAGCCCAGAAGCCUUCUGGGCCUUCUGCUCCUUCCUGUGGCUGCUGCUGCUGGCGUUUGCCUGCUUCUCCAUGAUGCCGUGUGGCAAGCCGCAGGAAGGGAGGACGAGGAGGUGCUGUUACAGAAGGAACCAGGAGAAUCGCAGAGUUUGGACCCUCCACAACUCUUCAUGGCGUAAGAGGAAGCAAUGUCCCGAGCACGCAAAGAUGGAUGGAAUAGUUGAACUAGCCCAACUGUUCAACAGGACCCUUGAGGACCUCAACAGAUACAUGGAAAUGUGAAACCACUGAGGAGGGGAAGGGGAAGGGGAUGGGGAUGGGAACAGGGGCAGGGUUUGGGGGCAUGGAUGAGUGCAAUGGCUUGUGGGGGCACAGGGAAAUUUGCGGACUAAAAUCCGAGAAGCAAUGCCCUUGCAGAAGGAUUUACUGCCGAGGCACAGAGAUAGCAGUGUCCCCUCUCUUUCUGGGGCAAAUGGAGCUUCUGUGCCCAGCCAGCAGAGAGGGAGCCUUGGGCAAGGGACCAAGGGGCCCCUUGGGGGACCCCACAGAAAUGACACAGCCUGCCAGCUCCUUAGGGGCAGAGGGAGAGUCCCAGGGUGCUCAGGAGUGCUUGGCUCAGCAUUCCCAUCAUCUUCCUUCUCCUUCUCCUUCUCCUCCUCCUCCUCCUCCUCCUCCUCCUCCUCCUCACAGGCUCAACCUGGAGUUGCCAGAGGACAGCAGUGAGUCUACCACUUCUGACACAGAGAGUGAAACCAGCUGCUCUUCAACGAUGUCUCUGGACUCUUGGAGCACCAUCUCCUGCACUACCAUCACGGAGAGCGAAACCGGACAGAUUUCAAGGGCAUCCACCCCCACGCCUCUGCAGAAAGAAGACUCACUUCAUGCUUCUGUGUUCCAGCCUGGCCUCAUGCAUCCCAAGGCUGGCCCAGGGGAGCAGCAUGACCAUGACACUUGCCAACCCUGCAGGAAAGAAGUGGUCAGAUGCCACAGGGCCAGCAGUGUGCACCAACACCAGCAACACGUCCAGGUCCAGCAGGCUGCUCCCACCCAUCCUCCAGAGGUGCCCAAAUUCCACUCCAUGGAAAUGAAGACAUCUUUGCCACAAAAGAAAUCCAAGGAGGCCUUAAACUACUUCACCUCACAUAAGAAAGAGGAGGAGAAACUGCGCCUGCCAGCUGAUGGGGACAAGCCUCCACAAAAUGAUCCAGCCUCUGCUUUGAAAGUAUCGAAGCAAGAAGAAGAGCCUAAUAUGAAGGCGGUUCCCAUGGUGUGGGACCUGACCUUCAUAGACAAGGCUGUGAAAAAUCAGCUGGAGCAUGUAGUGGAAAAAAUGUAUAUACAAAAGCAAUUUGGACUGUCAGAGAUGCUGUUGUCCUGUGAGGGGAGCUUUUCAGCCACUGUCCUGGAAGCAAGGACAGCUGUCCCAACCACAGCUCCUCGAUCACCCCAAUGGCGAGCAGAGCCACAUGUGGUGGUGACUCCUGUGGAGAAGGACCCACUCUGUGUGGAAAAGACUGUGAACCGUCAUCUGGAGGGGCCUAACGGACAAAAGCAGACAAAAGAGCUCUUCGGGCUACCAGGGAUCCUGGCUUGCAUGAAAAGAUCUUCAGACCCCGUCCUGGGACAAAAAGACUCCCAGACUGAGCCUGUCCACUCUGUGCCAGCAGCUAUUCUGAGAGUGGAACAAGGGAUGAAGCCUCAGGAGGAUGGGGACAGACCCCACCAGAAAAUGGAGUGUGGAGGAAGAGCCAACGGCAGCAGCACGACCAGCAAGACGACCCUGCCUGGCAUCAGCAAGAUGAACCAGGACCCUGGGGCAGUAGGGGAUUCCCCUUCCAUCCAGGCAGAGCAGGCGUGGCCACAGAGCAAGGGAGCUCCGCGGGGUCAAUCAGAUAAAAAGGGUGAGGGCCCCAGCAUCUCCACUACAGGGGACAUGGGGACACCAACAUCUCCAAGAAGAAGACCCCCACAGAGAAAACACAGCUCCAGUGAGGACAGACCCUCAGCUCUACCACGGCCUCCACACCACGUUUGGAUUGCUUUUGAUAUGCCCCACGUACCAGAGGUCCUCGUAGCACCAAGAGACUGCCACAAAGCCAAAAAAAUUGCUAAAGAUCUGCAGAAGCAGGUGCAGGCUUCACAGCCGAAGCAGCUCCCAGACAAUGCAGGGCAAUCAUGGAUGGACCCUGCAGCAGAGGGCACCGGGGCCGUGCCACGCAGAAGACGUAGAAGGGCACGGAAGGACAAGGGCUGCUCCCAGGACGGACCCAUCUUUGCAAGACUCCGCCCUAAGUGCAUCAAAGCCCCAAACCACAAUCUGUCUGCCACUGAAAGCUCCCAGAAUUUGGCUCCGUCUGCAACUGCAGUCCCAGGUGCAGCUGGAGAAAAGACAGCGGGAGAGACUGAACGCUCCCAGAAUUUGGCUCCGUCUGCAACUGCAGUCCCAGGUGCAGUUGGAGGAGAGACAGUGGAAGAGAAGAAACCAUCCGCAGACAGGGCCAAGGGGCAGCAGGGCCAGAAGAAUAUCACUGCCACCCAGCAGCCAGAGGGGCGCAGAGGAGUCAUAUCAAUCCCUGUAAUCGCACAAGGGAAGCUUCUGCAACAUUUUCCUGGCACCGGUAUCAUGAGCACACUGUGCUCAGAGAACCACAAAGAAGAUUGAAAUCCAGGAGCCCCCAUCCCCUGCCCUGUCUGGCCACACUCUUCCCCUUACUGGUCCAAGGUUCAGCAGGACCCAGCAGGGCACGGAGCCAGCAAGCAGCAGAUCCCUGCCAGCCCGACAAGGGAGCGGGGGCUCUCUCAAUAAAUGUGUCACUGGAAGCACACUCAU